AUGAAUCCAAUCCCACCACGAUUUUAUCGUGUCCAGCACAAUGGCUCUUAUACGAUUUUCGACCACGCGGAUGGGUUCGAAUCCCGAGGCCACUACCAGAUGGCAUAUGCAUUUUGGCUCAACAAGGACGAGCCGACUCCGUUCAUAUCUGUAUUUGACAACCUGGGUAGGCUAUUUACGCGGUCAGCCAAAUCCAAAUGUACCCCUUUACUGAUCCUUCUCGUCUUUGCAGGUGACGCAAAUGAACGAGCCUUGUUACUUCGCCGACGCAAUACUGGCGUCUUCGUGGCGGAAAUUGAUACCUCGUCGUUGCAGGGUGCGAUUCUGGAUAUCCAGUCUGCUGUAGGGGUCAUUCGACUGCCUGUCUGGGUGAACGAGAAAUCCGGCAUAACUUUUGUGUCCACUAGCGCAGUUCGAACGCACCUAGAGGUCAAAUUAAGUGUGAGCCAGAGAUCGGAGUGGUUUGCGCUGGAUCACAUCCCUUAUUCUAUGAUCCGUGGCAUUAGAAACUACUGA